ACUAGAUAUCUAGAUCUGUGACGAUUGCGACUUAUCAAACUUUACAACAUACACGUACUUGAUUUUAAUUUCUACAAAAUUUUGACAUAAACGUUCUACAAUGUUGACUGACAAUGGAACAUAGAACAAGAAACUAUAAAAGUUAAGUAGUAGUUUACUGAAGUGUUAUAUAUUAAGCAUUUUAGUUCAGCCUAGCCCCUGAUAGGCCCAGUUGAAAAGGAGCAGUCUCAAAGGGCAGCAAGUUAUGAUAAUAUAUUAGACUUCACGAAUUAGAAACACUGAAGCCAAAGGAAAAUGCUGUACACAGGCAGUGCGCAUGUCCACAAGUGGACAUUCUUUAUUUAAUGCCCAAAGUGUGGCAAGCUCUUCUCUUCUAUGGUCUCAUUGGUCAUACCAUUAGAAACAACAGGUCAUCCUAACCCAUAUAGUUAUUUAUUCUUCUCUGUCCUUUGAGAACCAUUCUCUGUAGAUGCAUUGGUCAUUGUCAGACAUUCAUGGGCAAAUUAUUAAUUUAUCAAUUAAGUGUAGUACAUUAUAUUACAACCAGUAUCUUUUCUAAGUAUGCUUUGUGCUAAGAGGGUAGGUGGCUCAUUUGGGCUGGAGCGUUGACACAAUGAAUAUGGCAGAGAUAAAAAUGGGGACAAAGUCUUUAAUCUGAUUACUAUUGUUUUAACGUUUCUCUUCUCCUUCAUCACUUCUUUCAACACUUACCUGGUUUCUCUAUUCUCUAUUUCUCCCUUUCUCUUGUCUUUUUCCAUCUUUCAUUCGGUUCACUAUUUUUUAGUAGGCUACUUUUCAUACAACUUUUAUCCCCCCCCUCCCCCAACCCAUAAAACUCACACACACACACACACACACACACACACACACACACACACACACACACACCCUCAAAACGCUUCCAUUUUACAACGAAACCAAUCACAUAGCCUAGUUUCUUUGUCUAUCACGGAGCCCCGCUCACACGAAUCCGUAUGGAGGACCAGGUGUUGCGUGUCUAUUGAUUCCCCCAGCGAGCGGACAGAGAGACUGUGUGGGGUGCGACCCUCCGCCUUGUGUGGGAGUCCCAGUCAAACUUCCCAGGUCUUUCUCAACUCGCCCCGGAGAUCUGGUGAGUAGAUGCCCGUUAUAAAUGUCAUAAAAUGAAAAUAUGUAUCGAUUGUGUGCUUCAUAGAUCUACUUUUGGUCAACCUUACACAUCGUUGUUGUGAAAACAUUGAGUGUCUUCUUUGCUAAGUUGGAUAUUUUCGCAUACAAUCCAACUCUACAAACAGAUCAGCAUGGAUGACGAAGAUACUGUACCCACAAUCUCCGGAAAUCUCAUUAUGGCGUACGGUGAGACGCCCAAAUCCUACGUUCGUCACCGUGGCGACAGCCAUGUGUGUACAUGUCUGUUCUGGAGUCGCUACACGCUGUUUGUCAUCAAUUUCCUCAUCGUGUUCAUGGUGCUGGUUGUAGUGGUGUUCAUCCUGCAGUUGACCCUGGGCGCCAUCGUGUUCUUCCUCAUGGAGGACAUAGAGGCCCGGAUGUUGGGCGUCAUGCGGUCAGUGGUGGUCAACUACGUGCAGGACAGUGGUCAGUCCGAUGACCUGGCCUUGGACUAUCUGCAAAGAGAGUUCCAGUGCUGUGCGGGGUCCAGCUACUCGGACUGGGAGGCUAACCCACACUUCAACUGUAGCCACCUGGCUCUGGCUACCUGUGGUGUGCCCAGCUCAUGUUGCCGCGGCUCCACUGACAUGCACUGUGGCUACGGAGUGCGAGAGGGCACGGUGGAGUAUGCGGCCAUGUUCUCCUACACCAAGGGCUGUAUCGUGUCUCUCAUGGACAUCUUCAAGGAGAACGUCCUCGCUAUCGCCGCCAUCGCUUUCUCCGUCAGCUUCCUACAGAUGUGUUCUCUGAUCCUGGCAAAUAUUGUCGUGAGGAAGAUUGUGUACCACCGGAAGCUGAUACCAUGACGCCAUCGCUAUUCAGAAUAAUCUACUGAUUUACUUGUUGUUCACGAUACCAAAAAUUCAUACCAUGACGUCUUCAUCGUUGUCCAGAAUGACCUACUUGUUGACGUUACCAUAUCAUACGCAUGACAUCAUCGCCUAUCAGAACGACCUACUGGUUUUUUGUCCACAGUGUCAAAUCACACUAUGACGUCUUCAAAGUGGGAAAAAACCCCCAACACAUUCAUAUAUACAUGUACAUGUACAUCUGUAACUGGGGAGAGGUCAGAAGGUGUUCUUGUGAGAUCGACAUUGAAAAGUCGAUUAUUGUUCAAGAAAAGUGCCGGAUACUUUUGAGGAAACCACACCAGAGCACCCGCCAACCACCCACUCUCAAUAGACAUUUUAUCAUUUUUCAGGUAUUGGUUAUAGUCUGCAAUGCUAUGUAAAUCCAACUGACACCUUCAGGAAUGUGUUGCUGAAUCCAUAAAGCAGAAUCACAGAAAAGAUACAUUAUUUUCUUUUUUGUAUACAUUAAACCUUUACAUACGAUAAUAAUUAUGUGUACCCUCAGGUUAUCUGAGUAUGAUUCCUAACUUUAUUGAGACAAAGCAGUGGAGUCAAAUUCUGAAUCUUCAGAUCUACAAUGUACAAAUACACCAGUGUUUCAUAUAAACAUGUAUCAUUAUUAUCAUCAUUACCGGUAUUAUCUAUUAUAUUAUUCAUUUUAAAUUAUUUAUUAAAUUCAAAUUCUUUUUUUCCCCCUGGUAUCACUGUUCUUGUGAGAAACAGGCUACAAAGGCAGGGGUAGAACACACAAAACUUGAAUGGAUGGCAUCAAAUAGGUCUGCCAAAAGAGUAAUUUUACAAUAGAAGCCGCCCAAAAUUGUAGAUCCCUUUAAAUUCUAAUGAUAUAAGAAAAAGUAAACAGUAAAGGUAAAGUAAGUCCUGCUCUUGCACAAAUGAUCUAAAUACAGUUAAAAUCCCUCAUGAUGGCCGGCCACUUGGGUGAGGCGACUACACGUACAUGGUUAAUAAGCAAACAUCUGUGCAUGGAGUCCAACUUCCUGAAUAGAUCUACGUGGCUCUGAGAUAUUCUGCACUGCACACCCACCGUUGUUGUUUGAGUAAAGGGUAAAGAGAAGCACAUGGGCAUAGUAAAUGGCCAUUUAGUGCUGGGGUAAAAAAAAGGCAGACAUCAUGUUUUUCU